AUGCCUAUUCGGAGGAAAGGAGAAAAUUAUAAUCCCGCACUUAUGCGUAAACAUCAUCAUCCAAGAUUAUCACCUGAUAAGACUCUUGUUACAUCCCAAUUAAAUGAUACUACAUACGACCAUGGGGUCCAUGAGUACGCAACAAUUGGAGUGAAAGGUAAUUUUUUAGAAGCACAAGCAAAAAUAAAUCUUUGGAAACCAUUUAUUGAAGCAGAUGAAUUAAGUAUAUCCCAAAUUUGGGUUGCAACCUUAGAUAAAGAUAUCAAUACUAUUGAAGUUGGAUGGGAGGAGGACGGAUACGUGAAUACGGGAUGCUACAACCUCCUUUGUGAUGGUUUUGUGCACACAUCAUCAAAUGUCUCCCUUGGUUGCAGUUUUAGUGAGGUAUCCACUUUCAAUGACGACCAGAAAGAUGUCACAUUCAUUAUUCACAAGUGGACACUGGUGGAUACAAUUACAAGGUAUUCCAAUCGGUUAUUAUCCAAGUUCUCUCUUCACGGAAUUAUCAAAAGUAGCAACAACAGUAUAAGGGGUGGAGAAAUCAUUGAUAGGACUAAAGGACGACAUACUUCGACUCAAAUGGGUAGUGGACAUUUCCCUUCUGAGGGUGGUUUGAAGACGUCGAGUUAUUUUAAUUGGGUUCAAGUAAUUGAUGAAGAUAACGCGAUGAAGAACCCUGAAAAUGUUGAAACAUAUAUUACGAAUCCAAACUGCUAUGAUUUGAAAAUUACCGAUGACAAUUAUGAUACAAAUGGUUACAGUUUUUACUAUGGAGAUCCUGAUUAUAAUGAUAGAUGUCAAUGA